UUCGGUUAAAGGUCGUAUAGAACUGUGAUUACAGAAUUUUACAGGUAGAAAUGGGGGGUUUUGAUUCUGCAAAAGAGUUCUACUAUGACACCUUGUCAAGGGGAGAUAAGAGAGUUGAAAACUGGUUACUAAUGGCGACUCCGAUUCCAGUGACCAUGUUUUUUGUGGCAUAUAUUGCAAUUGUUGUAGCUGGUCCUCGUAUCAUGGCGGGCAGAAAACCUUUCAACAUCAAAUACCUCUUGUUUCCUUAUAAUGUAGCUUUAGUUGUUCUUUCAGUCUACAUGUUUAAGGAGUUUCUGAUCACCUCUAUAAGGUCUAACUACAGUUAUUUAUGUCAGCCUGUCGACUACUCGGAGAGUCCUCUAGCUAUGAGAAUGGCCAAUGUAUGCUGGUGGUUUUUCUUUUCAAAAGUGAUUGAAUUACUUGAUACGGUGUUUUUCAUAAUGCGCAAAAAGUUUGAUCAGGUGACCUUUUUGCACGUAUAUCAUCACAGCAGUAUGAUAUUUAACUGGUGGUUUGGUGUAAAAUAUGUCGCCGGAGGUCAAUCAUUCUUUACGGGUAUGUUGAAUUCAUUCGUCCAUAUAUUCAUGUAUUCGUACUACGCCCUCUCGCUACUGGGACCAAAUGUUCAGAAAUACCUCUGGUGGAAGAGAUAUCUAACGAGACUCCAACUGAUUCAGUUUUGUGCGUUUGUUAUCCACACUGGAUACAACCUGAUAAUAGACUGUGACUUUCCGCAGAGUUUUAACAUUGCUGUUUUUCUUUACGCAAUUUCUCUAAUAAUCCUAUUCGGAAACUUUUACUAUAGAGCAUAUACGCUAAGACAAAGAGACAACAGAACUGCCAAGAAAUCAUCAUAAAUAGUGCGACAGUGAUGCUGCUGGAUGAUCAAAUUAACUUGCCAUUCACUGAUAGGUUACAUACAUGUAUACUCUGACUAAUAGAAAUUUUUGUAUGUUUUUUUUCAUAUAUUGUAUUUUUUUUGAUUUGUUAUUAUGA